UCAGCUAUGAAGCUGUUGGUGGUUCUCGCGGCCUUCGUGGCCUUCUGCGCCGGUAGCCCCGCUCACCUAGUUCCUGGGGACAAUAGCCACUAUGUGGAGGGUGAGAGUCGCUACAUCUGGAUGCCUGAUGGUACAGGAGUACCGCACCUCGUCGAUCUUCUCGAAAAGCCUUCUGAUGAAGACAUAACGCGGAUCUCGAGGAACGGAGCUAACAACGAGUACUGGUUGUACACCAGGCAGAACCCCGACAAUUACCAACUCUUAGUUCACGGCGAUGUUAACUCUAUCGCAAACUCUAACUACGUAGCGAACCGCCCUCUGAAGGUCAUCGUUCACGGCUGGAACAGCAACGGUCACUCGACCAUCAACCCGAUGAUCACCGCUGCCUUCCUUAACGUCCAGGAUUGCAACGUCAUAGUGGUCGACUGGAACCGUCUUGCUAACUCUCUAUACUGGACCGCUGUCAUUGGAGUCCCUGGAGUGGGAGCCCAUCUCGGAAACUUCCUCGUGUGGCUAAUCAAUACUGCUGGUGGCAACUGGAACAAUGUGCACCUGGUCGGCUUCAGCCUUGGCGCUCACGUCGUGGGAAAUGCUGGCCGCGCUGCUGGCAACCGUCCUGCUAGGAUCACUGGUUUGGACCCUGCUGGGCCUAACUGGGGUGGCAACUCCAACGCUCUACGCUCCACUGACGCACAGUAUGUUGAGUGCAUCCAUACUGACGGUGGUCUUCUCGGCAUCUUCGACCCAAUUGGAGCAACCAACUUCUACCCUAACGGAGGCAGGAACCCGCAGCCUGGUUGCUGGAUCAGCACCUGCUCUCACAGCCGAGCGUACGAAUUGUUCGCGUCCUCGAUUCAUAACAACCAUUUUGUUGGACGACUAUGCACAGACCUCCAAGAAGCUCGGAACGUCGGCUGCACAGGCGGCGUCGCCCUCAAUAUGGGCAACAGCAUCAUUUCCAAGCGAGGAGGUGGCCUAUACGGAUUGACCACGAACCGCAGCUGGCCAUUUUAAAACACCUUUAUACGGAAAUUAAGAAAUUAGGUAAUACAUAAAUAUUUUAACUUGUGAUAAAAAUAAACUGAUAUGUAUUCCAAAUA